AUGCUGAAACCAGGGGUCUUGCCCCUAUUCUCAGGAGGAGAGAUCCGCUGGGGACACCAAGGACAAGUGUGGGAACUGGAAGCAGGCUGGGCCCCAGGGCCGGGGCAGUCCCGAAGCCGAGUGGAGCUGGGCUCGCCACGCCGCCGCCCGCUUGCCCUGUGUCUGCCGCAGCCCGAACCUGACCCGGGCGGGAACCAGCGGACCACAGGCAUCGCAAGCACCGGCCCGAGCAAGUGGGCGCGUUCGCGGCGGAGUCGGCACCUGGAGGACAUGGAGGAAAGAUCGGCAGAGACCAAUGCCAAUGUGGACAACUCUGCGUCUCCAUCAGUGGCCCAGCUGGCCGGGCGGUUUAGGGAGCAAGCAGCUGCAACCAAGGAGACACCAGCCAGUAAACCAACAAGAAGGAAACCACCCUGUUCCCUUCCCCUGUUUCCCCCCAAGGUAGAGCUGGGCCAGAAUGGUGAGGAGAAAUCACUACCCACUACAAGCCACCCUCCUAAAAUCAAGGUGAAGAGCUCCCCUCUGAUUGAGAAGCUUCAGGCCAACUUAGCUUUUGAUCCAGCGGCCCUGCUACCUGGAGCCUCACCCAAGAGUCCUGGACUCAAGGCUAUGGUGUCGCCAUUUCACAGCCCACCCUCCACUCCCAAUAGCCCCGGCAUGCGGUCUCGGUCCAGUGAGCCAGAGGAGGUGCCCGUCAGCUUCGACCAGCCCCCUGAAGGUAGUCAUCUGCCCUGUUACAAUAAGGUGCGGACGCGGGGCUCAAUAAAAAGGCGCCCUCCCUCCAGAAGAUUCCGAAGGUCUCAGUCUGACUGCGGGGACCUUGGAGAUUUCAGGGCUGCGGAGUCAUCUCAGGAGAAUGGAGCCAAGGAAGAGAAUGGGGAUGAGGUGUUUGCACCCAAGAGCAAGGCCCUAGGACCCCUUCCAUCCAGCGAUGGGGUGGUGGGAAAGGAAGGGAGGAGAAGCCUGGGGUUGGAUGAAAAGCCUCCUUUAAGGAGGACACUCAGCUGGACAGAGAAGCACGAGGAGACGGCCUCUGAGGAAGGCAAGCAACAGGAGAAGAUGGAAGGGCAAUCACCAGAGGAGGAACACCAGGGCCCAGACCAGAGGGAGGCCACAGAGCCAUCCCAAGUCCCCAGCCCCAAGGCAGAGAAUGGGUGCGAGAGCCCCACAGAGGAAACCAUGGCUGAAGAGGAAGCAGAGACGGAAAAGUCCACAGCGCUGAAGGAGGAGGGAGCCAGAAAUGAAGAGGAUAAAUCUGGGCAAAAGAGCCAAGACCCAGAGAAGCCUGAGCAGAAAGCUGUAGGGGUGGAGAGUCCCUCAAAUCCCUCUGGAGAAAUGAAGGACAGCAACAUCUCAGAGCAGGAGAAAGACAAGGAAAAGGAAGAGGAGGAGGGUGAAGUCCUUGAGACAGGAUGCCAUCCCAAAACUGGCCCUGCCCAGCUGGAGACCAGCAGCGAGGCCUUGGCAGAGAGAGCGAGCCCCGACGGCGCAGAGGAGCAGGACUUGCGGCAGGCGGCCGAGAUCUGA